GUCCUUCAGCAGCUUUUAAAUCACUUUCAAAAAAACAAGGAUAAAGUUCUUCUUUUCUCCUUUUCCACAAAGUUGCUAGAUGUUCUGGAACAAUACUGUAUGGCAUCUGGGCUAGAUUACCGAAGACUUGAUGGAAAUACAAAAUCAGAAGAUAGAAUCAGAAUUGUAAGAGAGUUCAACAGUGUUCAAGAAAUUAACAUAUGUCUUGUAUCUACAAUGGCUGGUGGACUGGGUCUUAAUUUCGUUGGUGCCAAUGUUGUCAUCCUGUUUGAUCCUACCUGGAACCCAGCAAAUGAUCUUCAAGCUAUUGACAGAGCGUAUAGGAUUGGCCAAUACAAAGCUGUUAAAGUGUUUAGGUUGAUAUCCUUGGGAACUGUGGAGGAGAUGAUGUACUUGCGACAAGUUUAUAAACAGCAACUUCACUGUGCAGUGGUUGGAAGUGAAAAUGCCAAGCGGUAUUUCGAGGCAGUGCAAGGAUCAAAGGACCAUCAAGGAGAGCUUUUUGGGAUCCAUAACCUCUUCAAACUGAGGACUCAUGGCUCUUGUCUUACCAAAGACAUCCUGGAGAGGGAAGGGCGAGUAGAAGCAGGAGUCAUGACAGCAACCACAUGGCUAAAGGAAGAGACUCCUCCGUGCAGCUCAGAAAAGUAUGAGCAACCAGACUGUAAAGAAGAUGGAGAUCCCCGAGGUAUCCAGGCACAAUUAAAGAGAGAAGAAAUGGAUUUUUGUGAUGACUUUAGUGAUGAUGAUAUUCUUGAAGCUUCUGUGAAGAAGUGUGACAGAAGGAAGCCUUGCAAUGCAAGUAAUUUAGUGGUAACAAAGGGACAGCUUUCCUUAAUGCAGUGUGGAUUCUCUAAGUUGUUGCAGAGAAAAAUUGAAACUGCCAAAGAAGGAGAUAAUAGUUACAAUUCUCAUCAUUCAAGUUCUGAUGAUCAGACUAUAAGAACAAACAUAAAGGACAAGUACAGUGAUUUCCAGAAAAGUCAAAGCCAUGUGCCUAUUGGGGAGCAUGGGAAAGCGGCUCAGUCACUGAAUGGAACUGAUAAAGAUCUUCGUAGUACAGACUGGCUUGUUUUAUCUGACUCUGAAGAGGAGAAGGACAGAGAAAGCGAGGAUCAAGGCAUUUCAAAGCAAAGUGAUAUAGUCAUGGAAACUGAAAGCAGUUCUGAACAGGAUGAUCCUACACAAGUUCCAGCAUGCCAACAGCAAAUACUUACUAAUAAAGUUGAAAUACACAGAUCAACAUCUGAAAAUUGUGAAGAAUUAGCAAAAGAAAAACAUGGAUUUUUAUUUAAGGGAGACAGUAGGCAAUUUGGGUUCCACAGUGCUGAGUCAAAUUUCACCAAAGUCAUGUCUUUUGAAGAUAUCAAGGACAACACAAGAGAUCUGAAAGGAGCAAGUGAUGUAAGUGAUGAGUCUGAUGAUAUUGAAAUUUCCCAUAAUUUUGAAUCAAGAAAGGUAAGAACUUCCAGGUUUCCGAAAUGGAAGGAAAGACAUACCCAUAACAAUGGACUAGGUAACGUCUCCAAAUCUAUUCUACAAGCAAAGAAGCCCAACAGAAAAGAAGAGGAAAGUGAUUCUCAAAAUAUAGAUGAAUUUUCAUCUUCUGAAGAUAACUUACCAGUUGAGAAAAUUUGUGCCAGAAAGCAAAACUCUAAACAUAAAAUCUGGAGAGGCAGAGUUUGGUUUGGGCCUAAAAUACUUCAUACUAUUCAGGAUACCUCUGUUGCACAAAUGAAGGCUAGCAAUUAUGGUGUGCAUAGAACUUCUGCAAGUAAAACUGAAUUUGAAAUUCAAGAGCAAAAAAUCGAAUCAAUGGACAGGUAUUUAGAUGGUGUUCAAGAGGUGGCAUAUAUUCAUUCAAAUCAGAAUGUGGUUGGAUCCAGCAAGGCUGAGAAUCGCUUGAGCCGGUGGGCAGUGCGAGAUGUAUUUGAAUUGAAGCAGUUUUCCCAGCUCCCUGCUAAUGUAGCAGUCUGUAGUGCCAAGAAAAAUGAAGAAAACACAGAAGACGACACAGUGGAGAAGAGCGUUGUUAAAGGAGGGCAAGAAAUGUUGACGAGCAGUAAUCAGCAUCACCUGUAUGUUACUUAUCCUGUGACCCAGAAAAACAAAAAAGCACACAGAGUAGAUUCAACCACCUUCUUGGUUGGAAAGACACCCAAAGGAAUUCGCAGGAGGCAAUUCAAAGAAAUGGUAUCCCACUUCAAUAUGGGAUCAGUGGAAGAACUUGCAGAAUAUAUUGCAAAAGCUACAUCAGAAAUAAGGCAGAAGAUGUUGAAAGAAUUCUAUAUUUUCAAGCAUCCAGAGAUGGAGUCUUUUUUCCCAGCUGAAAUACCAGCUAAAGCUUCACAUGACUAUAGAGAAUUGGAUUCAGCAUACUCCAGAAAAAGAAAGUCCAUUGUUAAUUUUGGAAGAACUAAGUCUAGAUCUUCAUCAGCUAAAGGAGUACUGAGUGGAACUACAGAAACACAGAGCCAUGAAGGAAUAGAGCAGCUUCACAAUGACUUGGACUUGCAAGAUGUCUGUGUUGAUGCAAAAUGUAAACCAUCACCCACUGUUGCUACUCAACAUACCGAAAGCAGAAACAGUCAGGCAUUCAAGGAUUUUAUGGCAACUGGCUCAUUAAGCAGUAAAUCAGAAAUAAUUGAGGUGCUGCCUGUAAAAAGUUGUGAAGGGCAGCAGGACUCAGAGGGAGCACAGCUGCCAAGGAAAAGAUCCCUGUCUCAGUCAGAAAAUGGGGAGACAGAAGCUCAGACUUGUAAGAAGAAGUCUUUUGUGGACUUACUUGGAGAUACCUCUAUUCUCAGUGAUCUCUUCAGAAAUGAUGGAAAUGUACCUGCAGAAUCACCAAGGAGAUUCCCUUCAGGGCAAGUAGAAAAAACAAAGGAGAGACCAAAAGAUUUCUGGGACAUGCUGAAUGAGCAGAAUGAGGAGAGCCUCAGGAAGCUCACUGACAUAGCAGUCAUAGAGAAGCUAUGUGAAAGACCAACUCAUCCACCUGUGACAGAAGACAGAGAAGUUUAUGAAAGUUCUCUCUGGAAAAAAAAUGAAAGUUUUCUGUGGAAGAAAUACAGUCCAGAUUAUUCAGAUGAACCACCCACUGCUACAUCUUGUAAUGUAGUAAAAUGA